AUGCAUUAUGAAAUAGACACCUUGAACUCCCAAAGAAGUUGGGUACUCUCUAGAAGGAUUCACUAUGGAAAAUUUGUUGCUGAGGUAAAAUUCAAGGAUGCUUCUGAAGAAUAUUCACCUGCAAUUCAAGCCAAGGAUAGAGAUGCUCUGAUGAAGCUUUUGACAUUUGAAAGUGUCGAGGAGAUGGUGAAGAAGAGGGUGGAGAAGAAAGCAAAGGUGUUUGGGCAAGAAGUGAACCUCACCAACGAUGCUGGCAAUGGAAAGUGCAAGAUCGAUCCAUCUGUUCUUCCUUGCCUAUAUGGAGAGUGGGUCAUGCCUCUGACCAAACAUGUUGAAGUGGAAUAUCUUCUGCGUCGUCUAGACUGA